AUGAAAGGGCUGAGCUCCAGAUGGGCCUUCUACCUGGGCUUCCUGGUGGGUGCCUGUGCUCUUUACUUCUUCCUGCGGCAGGUUUGGUUCGAGCGGAGCUUUGUGCGUUGGAAUGAUGCACGGGGAGGCGUGGCUGAAAGCAAGACAGACCACAUUAGACAAAAGCCCAACUGGAAAGUGGAGGGAGCAGCCCUCAUCAACCUGAAUCAUCCUCACCAAGAAGGAGAGGACAGUCGUGUCGCGGACGAGUUGUAUAAGAAGGUGCGGAUCUUGUGCUGGGUGAUGACUGGGCCUAAUAACCUCCAGUCCAAGGCUCGUCACAUCAAAGCCACGUGGAGCCGUCACUGUAACCUGGUCCUGUUCAUGAGCUCCGAGGAGAACCGGGAUUUCCCCACCGUGGGUUUGGGAACGGGAGAGGGACGUGACCAGCUCUACUGGAAGACCAUCCGCGCCUUUCACUAUGCCCUGAAGAACCACGGUGACGAGGCCGACUGGUUUCUUAAAACCGACGACGACACGUUUGUGGUAGUGGACAACCUGCGCUGGGUCUUGUCCAACUACAGCGCUCAGGAACCCAUCUAUUUUGGCAAACGCUUCAGACCCUACGCCAAGCAGGGUUACAUGAGCGGGGGGGCAGGCUAUGUGCUGAGCAAAGAGGCCCUGCGAAGAUUCGUCGAGGGCUUCCACACCAAGGUGUGCACCCACACCACGCCCGUGGAGGACCUGGCCCUGGGACAGUGUCUGGAGAAGAUGGGGGUGCUGGCAGGGGAUUCACGAGACACCCUUCACCGGGAAACCUUCCAUCCAUUCAUCCCUGAACACCAUCUCACCAGCAAGUUUUCCAAGAGCUUCUGGUACUGGAACUACUGUUACUACCCUAUUGUAGAGGGCCCACAGUGCUGUUCUGAUUUGGCCGUGUCCUUCCACUAUGUGGACCCUGAACUCAUGUACACUCUGGAGUACUACACCUUCCACCUGCGUCCCUAUGGUUACAAGUAUCGUUAUCAGCCCCCACUGUCUGCGGGCAUAGAUGCUGGUGUGCAGGCCGAGACACAGACGGCGGGAGCGGUCAGAACCACUGAGCCUUCGGGUAAACGAAAAAGCCCUGCCGACACCGCAGGGGCGGACCAGUCCGCGGAGAAACCAGAGGGACAAACCACAGCGGUAAAAACAACUCAGAGGAAAAAGCCAACCAACAACAGGACUGCUCCCACACAGCAAUGGCAGGAAUAG